CCCUUUUCACUGUAAAGAUUAACGAAGGUAGUGGGGGUCACCAAAGAGUAACAGAAAAUUGAGGGGAGAAGUUUCGCUUUUCUGGUAGUUAUUUUUCAGCCAUGGAUCCUUCUCUCACUAAAAGUAUAACUUUUCCGCCAUUUCCAGGGUCCCAAUACAAAACAAUUGCUGUUCCAAGCUUUAAAUUUCAACUCUGUAUCGACUUCCAUCUGUUCGAUGAUAUCUCCACGUCUUUCAAUUCCAUUGAAUUCUUUGUGAAUUCCUUCUUUCCUACUUGUCAAUGCAGUGGAGGAUAAGCUCCUUGUGAUGGGUUCUUGACCGUUUCCGUUUUCUCUGGAUGGUUCUGAGAUGGUGUUUGCCACCAUUUAUGUUGCAGAAAGCACAAUCUUCUAAGGUUUGUGUGGAAUAAACUAUAGAUGAUCUGCUAAGCAAAUCGGGCUUUCAAUAGGACUCAUCUGGCUACAUGGGAGGCCUAUUGCACCUACUCGAGUGUAGCCAGUACAGCAUGUCACGGACACGUAAGAGACAUGUCAAUGGCUUUGAAGCCCCUCGAAAUAGCUUGGAACUGCAAACGGAAACUUCUCAGAACAUAAGUGCUAUGGGCAGCAACAUAUUGUAUUUAUUUCAAGCGAAGCAGAAUUCCUCCGAAACAAGCAGUUAUGCAAGUGAGAAUUCCAUGAAGAAUUUGAUUGACGGGGAGAUAUCUGAAGGACCAGAGACCAGACGCAAUGUGCCGAGUGUUGUUGCUCGCUUGAUGGGAAUGGAUGCAUUACCAUCAGACCCGAAACUGACAAUCCACGGAAAGGAGAAAAGCAAUGAAAAAACAGGACAGAAAAUCCAAAGAGAAGAACAACUACAAAAUGUUUUGGUUGAUUCUAACCCUCGAGCAUUAAAACACUUAAAUCAAAGGGAAGUAAAUUUUAUAUCCCGUCGUAAAAUUAGACAAUUUGACCGGUCCAGUUGUGCCCCAAAGUUUGAAAAACCACGACCUCGAGAACAUCCUCAAGAGGAGGAACUACAAAAAUUCAAGAAAGAAUUUGAAGCAUGGCAAGCAGCCAUGGUUUGGGAAAGGUUUGUUGAACUUGGCAGAAUUCCCACUCAAUGGCUUGCCCAAGAGAAUCUCAACAAGGAAAAGAUGGCUCUCUACACAGGUUCUAGGAGAUCCACAGACAAUGAGAAACCUAUAGAACCAAAGCAUCAGAAUUCGCUGCCAAUACAUGAAGCGAAUUUACAAGAAAGUUGUGCUUUAAAACAUCAUGGAUUUAAGAAGGAAGCUCUCCAAACUAACAAGAAGGAACCUGUGAAAUUUCAAAAUAGCUCCAAAGACUUAGAGAAGGUACCCUUAAUUAAUUGUGAUCCAAAACUGGUUAAAUCCUCUGUACCCACAAAGAUAGUGAUCUUGAAGCCUGGCCUUGAUAGAAAUGGAAGCAGUGAAGACUCUUGGGCUGGUUCAUCCGAUAGUGUUGAAGGGGAAGGCAGUAUUGAAGAUUUUCUUGAGGAGGUGAAGGACAGGCUGAGAUGUGAAAUACAAGGAAAGAAUGCUAAAAAGGAUAUGGUGGCCAGAGGGGGUGGAAUUGAGGCCCCUUUUAGAGAAAAGCUGUCGGAUCCAAAAGAAAUUGCCCACAGUAUAGCUAAGCAGGUAAGACAAAGUGUUACUAAGGACCUUGGGGUGAAUUUGCUCCGAUCAGAAUCAACCAGAUCAUAUAGAAGUGAAAUCCAAGUCAAUGGGUCAAGUUCUCCAGAGUUCAUCAACAGAGACACCAGGAAAUUCUUGUCAGAGAGGCUGAGGAAUGUUUUCAAACCAGAAGAUAAUGUGAAUGUCCUGAAAAUUGGAUUUGAUGACUCAAGAGCUUCCAUUUUGGACAAUGAGGGGAAGAGACUAAGAACAAGCAGAGAUGUCAUGAAAACUGGGAACAAGGGGAGCUGUUUGAAAAAUGUGAAAGAUGACGCUGAAAAGCAAACCAGAUCUUUCAGACAUGGUGAGACCAAUGAGAUGAUCCACGCAGGGGAAGUGUUCCCAAGGAACCUAGUUAGAUCUUUGUCAGCUCCAGUUUCGGGAACUUCAUUGGGCAAGCUACUUUUAGAGGAUCGGCACAUUUUAACUGGGGCUCACAUCAGGAGGAACCAUGAGGCUGCUGAAAAUGUUUCAGUGAAAGUAAGAAAAACAAGGAAAGCAAGGUAUAGUCUUGGAGGGAAAGUUUCAAAUCUUAGAUCCAGUUUCAGUCUGAGAGGUAAACUAUUUGGCAGGAAGAUCCAAUCAGAUGAUGAAGCCGGAAGCAAUGAAUCUGAUUCCAUGAAGGACAUCAUGAGUGGGCCUUCUGUUAGGGUGAAUUUCGGCAAUCCCCAUGAGAACUCAACUGAGGUGCCACCAAGCCCUGCAUCAGUAUGUAGCAGUGCUCAUGAAGAACUCUGUAGGCCAGCAGAUCAUCCAAGCCCAGUAUCCACCUUGGAUGUACCCUUGAUAGAUGAUUGUCCUGUGCCACAGGUUUUCAGAGAGAUCAGCUCUAACCUUAAUGAGCUUCGGAGGCAGUUGAACGAGCUCGAGUAUGAUUGCUCCCAAGACAUGGUGAUCAGAGAGGAGCCCUUGGAGGCCAAGAUGGUUGAGUUGGAUGAUCCAACAGAAGCUUACAUACGAGAUCUCCUUGUUGCUUCUAGUUUGUACGACGGUCUGUUCGAUGGUUCUUCUUCAAGAUGGGACCCCCUUGGAAGGCCCAUUAGCAACUGGGUAUUCAAGGAAGUGGGAGAAUCUUAUAGAAGAAGGGACAAGGAAGAGAAGGAAGAAGAUCAUUGUGAGAAAGAAUUAGACCACAAGUUACUAUUUGAUCUGACUAAUGAAGCUCUAUCUACCAUACUGGGACUUUCUUCAAGGACUUCAAGAUUUAAAAGGAAGAUGAUUAGUGUUAGCAUUGUUCCACCACCUUGUGGGGAGAAAUUGUUGGAUAGUGUUCUUGAGAUGAUCCGUGGGUACUCAUACCGUCCAAUGGAUGAUUCAAGUUAUACGAUUGAUUGCAUGGUGGAACGAGAUAUCAGGAUGAAACCAUGGUCGUGCACGAUGGAUCAUGAUGUUGAGGUAAUACAAAGAGAGGUGGAGAGGAUGAUUCUAUCCGAGUUAAUUGGGGAAACUGUGAGAACCAUAUCUUCAUAAUGCAGUUUAGGCUACUUUGAAUGCAAUGCUUUGUAGACUGUAGUUUGUAAAUUCAUGCUCUAUAGUUUCUCAGGGGGGCAUUGGAGCUUGAGUUUC